UAGCACUUUGUUAGGUUGAUUGUAAAAGGCCAAAAAUUAUUCAAGGCAGAACGUGUUGGGACCGUUAUUGUUCUGUCUUGAAUGCUUCUGAUCCCGAAAUAAUUUAAUAAUGUUAACCGCACUGAUGGCACGAACGACGGCAGUUUCGCUGACCGUUUAUGCAACAAACCGAGCUGGAGUUUGGGGCAAGACGGAGGAGUCGGAUCGCCUGUUGCAGCAGAUCACCAAGGGUCUCCAUUGGACUGGAGUGAUUGGACUGGUGAAACGGGUCCUGCCCUUCGAGCGGACCGACCUGACCGUGGGCCAGUUGGCCCGGGAGUACUACAACCAAGGUGUCAAGGGGACCUUCCACAUAAUCCGGAACAUUCCCAACUACUCGGGUGACCUGGCCGAAGGGGCCAAGUGCACCUGCCUCGAUUUGGUCGCAAAAGCCAAGGAGUUGCGUCAACAAGAUGGUGACUGGUUGUUUACCAUGAAAUAUAAUGCCAAGCCGAAGGAUGCGCCUCUAGAUCCUGCUCCUCUAGAUCCUGCUCCAGGCGAUGGCCACUUCCACGAACUCAUCGUCAUCGAGAGACCGGGGUCUGUAGAUGGAUUUGCUGGGGACGGCAACGUAGUCCUCAAAGCAGGGAACAAACUGAAUGAUUAAAAAACACCACAUCCACACCCCACCAAAAAAAAAACAACCUCACCAUGAUUUGCCAAAUCAAAAUGUUAAAUCUUUGAGUAAAGUUCGAGUAUUUAAAUCAGAGUUUGAAAUUUAAC